AUGGCCUCCAACGGCUCCUCUGGAAUUCGGGAUUCCCCCCUGGAGCCAGGAAUUUUCCUGGAUGAGGAUCUGGGAUCCGACUGGUACCUCUACGAAUCCACGGAAUCUGCGCUGGGAGAUGACCUUCUUCCCGACGCCAUCCCGGAAUGCCACCCCACCAUUUCCCCCCGGCUCUACCACACCAUCAUGGCUCCCAUUUCCCUGGCCGUGAUCCUGGCCUUGUCCUUCCCGGCCAAGCGCCGCCGUCUCCACCGGAGCUGCUGGAGCGGCGUCCCGGGAUUGCUCAGCUCCGGGAAUCUGGAGGAGGACGGGAGCCGCGCUCCGGCCGCCGCCGCCUUCGCCCUGCAGCUCUCGGCGCUUUUCCAGCUGCUGCUGGACCGGGAACCGCUGCCCCUGGCAGCGCCCGCCGGACACGGAGCGCGCGAGUUCUGGAAGCUGCUGGCGCUGCUCUAUUACCCGGCUCUCUAUUGGCCGCUGCUGGCCUGCGCCGCCGCCCGGCGCCGCCGCGGCUACGUGCACGGGCUGUACUCGGCGCUGUGCCACAUCCCCGCGCUGCUGGCGCUGGCCCUGCUCAGCCUCUGGUACCCGGCACUGCUGAUCCGCAGCCUCCGGCAGCGCCCGGAGCCACAGAUUCCUGGGAAAGGUUAUUACAGGAAGUACCUCAAGGCCGUGCUGUCCAAGCGGGGCCGGAAGGGGAGCUCCGUCGGGAUCGAGGAGAGCCGCUGGUCCCGGAUCCGCUCCUACCUGCGCUCCUACUUCUACAUUCCCGAGGAAGGAUUCCGGAUCCCGCUGAAGCUGCUGGUGUCGGUCACCACGGCCGUCAUUGCCGUCUACCAGGUGGCCCUGCUGCUCCUGCUGGCCGUGGUGCCCACCAUCCGGAUUGUCCGGGCGGGAAUGACCAAGGACGUGGUGGUGCUGCUGGUCCAGCUGGGAUUGGUGCCCUCGGAAAAUCCGGCAGUGCCUGGGGACAUGGAAAAGGAGCUGGGAACCGUCCGUCACUACCUGUGGGCGCUGGAAGUUUGCUACAUCAGCUCCCUGGUGUUCUGCUGCCUGCUGACCUGUGCCAUGCUCCUCAGGACACUGGCCAUGCACAGGUCCAACCUGCGGGCUCUGUACCAGGGCGCGGUGCUGGACGUGUUCUCCAAGGCCCAGAUCCUGCGCCCUUCCCGGGAAUCCGUCGUCUCCUGGAUCGGCUUCUCCGCAUUCCAGGCCGCCUUCGCCUGCCUGGGGCUCCUGAUCCAGCAGGUGAUUUUCUUCCUGUGCUCCGUGGCCUUCGCAUUCCUGGUGGUGAUCCCGCUGCAGGCCGGCCGCGGCUCCCCGCUCCUUGGGAUCGUCCGGAACGUCUGGCCCCUCUGGCUGUUCCUGUUCCUGGCCGUGCUCCUGCAGCACCUCCUGGCCCAUUUCCACUUCCUGCAGCGCAACUCCCUGAGCGCCGAGCUGGCCCACAGGUGCGCCCUGAGUGUCACCUCCUUCCUGCUCUUCCCCACCAACGUCCUGGUGGGCCUGGUGGCCGGAGUGUGGCGCGUGGUCAUCUCCGGCCUCUACAACUCCGUCCACUUCUGCCGGCUGGACAUCAGCCUGCUGCACCGCCGCGCCGACACCUUCGACCCAGGGUACCACAGCUACUGCCACUACCUGCGGGUGGAGGUCAGCCAGUGCCACCCCCUGCUCAAGGCCUUCUGCUUCCUGCUCCUCCAGCCCCACCGGCCAGAGCCGCCCCGGGACACACAGCUGGAGGAAGGCCUCCAGCUGAUGCAUCCCAAGCAUCCGGCUCCGGGAAAAGCUCGGAUCAGGCAGAUCCGGGCACGCUGGUGCCUGGCCUACACGCUCCUGCACAAUCCCUCGCUGAGCGCUUCCCGGAAAACCGCGCUGGCCAAUCCCGCCGCCAACGGCGCCCAGCUGGGCGUUCCCAGGCCCUGA